AUGGCUGAUCAAGAGACAGCGCAGUCUCCAAUUGAAGAGCCAAGCGAAUCUGCUGCGCAGGCAGCAGCAGAAACACUAGCGGACGCUGAAAUUCCUGCCACCGACGCCGCUGCAGACGCCUCGGAAGGCGUAGUGGAUGACAUCGACGUGAUCCCGCCUUCGGAUCCAGAACACCUUACGACGGUUGUUCGCGGCCAAGACACUGCAGCUGCAGUACGUACCGCUGCGAUCUUUGACGAAGAUGACGAGGACGAAGAUGACGAUGGAGACGAGGUCGGCAAUGACCUACCCAGCUUCCGUAAGCGUGACGCGCGCGAUGCUAGCAAUGCAGAUGAUCCGGAUGCAGCCGUGAUGCGCAAGAAGAAGAAAAAGCGCCAUCACAGUCCGGAAGAGGCCUCGUCGAUGAGACACGUGACGGAUGGCGAGGUGGAACAAGAAGAAGAGGAUCCGUAUGCAAAUAUGACCGAGGCCGAGAUUCGAAGGGCAAGGACGGAUCGGAUGAUCGACGAGGCGUUGCGAGCGGGAAAGAAAAAGGCGCCGCGCAAGCGUGCCGGUGAGGACGACCUGGAUCUUCUCGCAGAUGAAGAGGUGGCUGCGCUGCGAAGGGAGAUGGUCACCGCGGCCGACGAUGACGAGGAGGCGAAUCGAUUGAAGAAGCCCGCAACCAACAAGCUCAAGUUGCUACCCAAGGUGGUCGCCACCUUGCAAAAAAAUCAUCUGCAACAAUCCAUUCUGGACAACAACCUGCUCGAAGGCGUUAAACGAUGGCUGGAGCCGCUCCCGGACAAAUCGCUGCCUGCGCUCAACAUUCAACACCAGUUCUUCCAGAUUCUUGAACGCAUGACGAUUGACACGAUUUCGCUCAAGAUGUCCGGCCUGGGCAAAGUGGUGGUCUUCUACAGCAUGUGUUCGCGCGUCGAACCCAAGAUCAAGCGGUCGGCUGAGCAUCUGAUCGAGGUGUGGUCGCGUCCAGUGCUGAAGCGAUCAUCGUCGUACAGGGAUCGACACAUUGCGUCGGCCGAGUGGAAUCGCGAGGCUCUCUCGCAGCGCGCUGGUCCGCUCGUCGUCGGCUCGGUGGCUGAUAACAAUCGACGAAACGUCGGCAUCCCCCAGGCUGUCACCGCCGGCUUCAGGGUCGCCCCUCAAUCCGUCGCUGGCCAGAGAAGCGAUUCUGGUCACGAAGCUAGGAUGGCUAACCACAAGAGACUCAACCAGUUCAAGAGCCGAUUGAAGGAGGCCAAACGUUGA